CAUCUCUGUCACAAAGAUGGAUGUCUACAUAUUGGGAUUACUCCUGGUGUUCUGUCUGGGGGCACAGGCACGCCCUUCACAACCAGAAUGUGGAUACGACAGCUGCAACCCUAUCAAAGAAGACAUGCUGAAUGUUCAUCUGGUACCCCAUACGCAUGAUGAUGUCGGUUGGUUAAAAACAGUAGACCAGUACUACUACGGAGAUCGCAAUGAUAUACAGAAUGCUGGUGUACAAUACAUCAUAGAUUCUGUUGUACAAGAAUUACUAAAGGAUCCCAGUAAGAGGUUUAUUUAUGUAGAGAUUGCAUUUUUUGCUCGAUGGUGGAGAGAACAGGAUGAAGCCAUGCGAGACCAAGUUAGGAUGCUUGUCAAUCAAGGACGUCUGGAGUUCAUACUGGGAGGUUGGUGUAUGAACGAUGAAGCAUCAACACAUUACAAUGCCAUUAUAGACCAGCAUACUCUUGGAUUGAGGUUUUUGUCAGAAAAUUUUGCCGAAUGUGGACGACCACGUACAGCAUGGCAAGUGGAUCCAUUUGGACAUUCCAGAGAACAGGCCUCAUUGUUUGCACAGCUAGGAUAUGAUUCCCUAUUUUUUGGAAGAUUGGAUUACCAGGAUAAAAACAAAAGAUUGAAUGAAUCGAACAUGGAAUUUGUUUGGAAGGGGAGCCCUAAUAGUUUAGGUGAAGUUGCCAACCUGUUUACUGGUAUUAAUUAUAAUCUGUAUCAGCCCCCUCCUGGGUUUAGUUGGGACAUAGGAAGUGGUGAUGACCCUAUUAUGGAUGACAAGAGAUUACAUGACUACAAUGUUGAGAAGAGAGUUGAUGAGUUUCUGAAAGCUGUUCAAGAUCAGGCCAAGCAUUACAGAUCAAGAGAUAUAAUGAUGACUAUGGGAAGUGAUUUUGAAUAUCAGAAUGCUCAUACUUGGUAUAAAAACCUGGACAAAUUGAUACAUUAUGUCAAUGCUAGGCAACAAAAUGGUAGUGGAGUAAAUCUGUUGUAUUCUACUCCAUCCUGUUAUACAUUCCAACAAAAUCAUUUGAACCAAAUCUGGAAUGGUAAAGAUGAUGAUUUCUUUCCCUAUGCUAGCAGUGCUCACACUUUCUGGACUGGUUACUUCACAAGCCGACCAGCUCUGAAGGGAUAUGUACGACAGUCCAACAACUAUUUACAGGUUUGUAAACAGUUAGAUACCAUUGGUAAUUAUAGAACAGGAUGGAUGACAUCUAGUGGAGUAGAAGUGCUAAAGGAAGCUAUGGGUGUAGCACAGCACCAUGAUGCAGUCUCAGGGACAGAAAAACAGCAUGUAGCUAAUGAUUAUGCAGAACGAUUGUCUAAUGGAUACAAAAGUUGUGAGAAUGUGACAAAUAUGGCCCUUAAGAGAUUGUUACCACGAUUUCAGCAGGAGCCUCCAAAUCUUCAGUUUUGUACCCUGACUAAUAUAAGUAAAUGUGAAAUAACAGAAAAUUAUGACAAGGUUGUAUUAGAAGUGUACAACCCAUUAGGUGUAGAUUCAGAUACCUGGGUUAGAUUACCUGUUAAUGGAACAGUCUUUGAUGUAUUUAGUUUCACAGGUGAUGCCAUACCUUACCAGGUUAUUCCUGUAACAAGUGAAACAAAGAAAAUACCAGAGAGAAAAGGCACCUAUGCUCAGAAUGAAUUAAUUUUCCAGCUUACUGGUAUCUCACCUUUAGGCUUACAGACAGUUUGGAUUCAGAAGGGCAAGGGUGACAAUAGUUCCUACACACCGUUCAAAGCCUUUCCAUCAGCAGAUUUCACUAUGCAGAAUAAGCUUGUAUCCCUCACUUUUGAUCAUAUUACCAAACAAGUCAAAGAGAUGGAAAACUUACAGAUUUCUCUGAAAAUACCAUUGCAUCAAAAAUUGAUGCAUUAUUUUGGUUUCUCGGGUAACAACAGUAAGGAUGAGUUUCGAGCCUCAGGAGCCUAUUGUUUCCGUCCUAAUUCAACAGAGCCUAAGACUAUGAUGGUUCAAAGUGCUUACAUUGUACAGGGUGAUUUGGUUCAAGAGGUGCACCAAGUGUUCCCAUGGGCCAGCCAGGUAUUCAGAUUAUAUAAGGAUGCUAACAAUGUAGAAGUAGAAUGGACUGUAGGACCAAUAGACAUAUCUGACAAAUCAGGAAAAGAGGUUAUUUCAAGAUAUGACACAAGUCUACAAAAUGGUGGUGUAUUUUACACUGAUGCUAAUGGUAGGGAAAUACAAGAAAGAAAACGUAACUAUAGAAAAACAUGGAACCUUAACCAGACAGAGCCUGUAGCUGGAAACUACUAUCCAGUCAAUAGCAGGAUAUUUAUCAGGGACCCAGCACCAGAUGCCCAGUUUACAGUAUUAACAGACAGGUCACAGGGAGGUAGCAGUGUUAAUGAUGGACAAAUAGAACUUAUGGUACAUAGACGUUUGUUACAUGAUGAUAGUUUUGGGGUUGGUGAACCAUUGAAUGAAACUGGUGCUGAUGGGAAAGGUCUGGUUGUAAGAGGAAAACAUUACUUGGUGCUGGAUACUAUAAAGAACUCUGCUAGACAGCACAGAUUAAUUGGUUUAUGGUUAUAUAGACAGCCUGUGAUAAUGUUAACUAAUGUAUCAAUGGACAGAGAACAAUGGUAUACUCAGUUCAACACACAGGUUUCUGGGCUGAACACUUUAUUACCAGAGAAUGUCCACAUUUUAACAUUAGAGAUGAUACCCCCAAAUCCAUUAACACCCAUCAGUCUAAGGCAGGCCAUAGUCAGAUUGGAACAUUUCUAUGAGAAUGGAGAAGAUGAAGAAAUGUCCAAGCCAGCCAUUGUUGAUCUGCAAAUGUUUGGUUUCUUCAAUAUUACUGGAGCCGUUGAGAUGACACUUGGAGCUAACAUGAUGCUGAAAGAUUUAAAUAGACUUCAAUGGAGGGUCAUGCCAAGUGGAGAUGAGCCCGCCAUUCCAUACGAAAGACAAACCUAUAGAGAACUGAAACUUGAUUCUAAGGGGAAAUUACCACAGAUAACUUUGAACCCGAUGGAAAUCAAAACAUUUAUUAUAGACUUUAAUGGCUAAUCAUCUCUAUACUAAAUAAAAUUAUUCGUACUCAGGAAUCUGAACCCUAUAGAUAUAGAUAUGUGCAAUUCAAUUUAUAACCUGUGAUAAUUCUCUUUAUACCAAUAAAUUAUUUCAUAUUA